UAACAUGUCAAUGUCACGUCACAGUUUUUGAUUUUAUUUGAAGAUUUGAACUUUGAAUAUUUUUGUUGUUAAAAGAAUGGCUUUUUUGGUGAAGAAUUCCAUAAAAAACGUGAAAUGGAAACAAUUAUUUGACAUUUCAAGCUGUCAACAAAUUUUAAGAACUAGAGAAAUGAGCUCGGAGGUUAAAAAAUCUCAAAGUGCAAGUUACGAUGCUAAAAAAGGCACAAUAUUUGAUAAAAUUAUAUCAAAAGAAAUACCAGCGGAUAUAAUUUUCGAGGAUGAUAAAUGUUUGGCUUUUAAUGAUGUCAAUCCUCAAGCUCCAGUACAUUUUUUAGUAAUACCUAAAAAGCAAAUCCCAAGGCUCGAUGAUGCUAAAGCAACUGAUAAAGAACUACUUGGGCAUCUCAUAUACACAGCUAAAACUCUUGCACAGAAGAAAGUACCAAAUGGCUAUAGACUCGUUAUAAAUAAUGGAAAGGAUGGUUGUCAAUCAGUGUAUCACUUGCACAUUCAUAUUUUAGGAGGGAGACAAAUGGACUGGCCGCCAGGAUAAAUAGAAACUAUUUAUUUAGUUAUAUUUGUUUAUUUAAAUAUUAAAUAUUUUACCCAGAAA